AUGUCAGACUCUACCAAAUACACUUACAAGCUCCUGAACCGGCGAGUACUCGUAAUCGGCGGGUCUUCAGGCAUCGGUUUCUGCGUCGCAGAAGCAUCCUUGGAGCAUGGCGCGAUAGUCACGAUAUGCUCUUCCAACGAGGAUCGCAUCAACCAGGCAGUCAAGAAGCUACAACGCAGUUAUCCUUCCGCUAAAAACAAGGUGUUUGGUGUUCGAGUUGAUCUCUCGAACCCAGAUACGCUCGAGACAGAGCUAAACGCAAUGUUGGAUAGCACAAAAGAGAAGCUAGAAGGACAAUUUUUGGACCAUGUGGUCUUUACAGCCGGCAAUAUGGCACCUACGAUCAAGCUAGAAGACAUGACCAUGCAAAACAUUUUGCAAGCAGGUCAAGUCCGUUUCUUUGCUCCUCUUCUCCUGGCGAAAUUCCUUCCCAGCUAUGUUAAGCCCUCGUACACAUCUUCGUACACUAUCACUACGGGCACUACAUCAGAAAAACCUGUGUCUGACUGGAGUGUCGUGGGAUCUUACGCUGGCGGCCAUCAUAGCAUGGUUCGCAACCUGGCAUUGGAUCUUCGGCCUAUCAGGGUCAAUGGUGUCAGCCCAGGGGCCGUAGAUACCGAGCUAUGGGCAAUGUCUGCGAGCGAAAAGAAAGCAGCCAUGGAUGCAAUAGCAGAGAAGAUGACAACGGGUCGACCUGGGCAGCCAGAGGAUGUUGCGGAGUCUUAUUUGGCCAUUAUGAAAGACGUGAAUAUGGACGGUAGCGUGAUCAGAACGGAUGGUGGAUAUAUGCUCACGUAG